AUGGCAUUCCCCUUUGAGCCCACGCAACUACGAGCGCAGCUUCGUGCGUUUGCUCUUUCCACGAAUGAUGAUACCCAAACGGCUUGCAGAAUCGUCAAGCCACUCGUGCUGGGUCUCUACUAUGACCAGUACAAUCAGGAAUAUUUGAAGGACUUCCGUUCCGUGUCACCGCCCAUCCCUUCGGAGCUCCCUCCAGAUACUGGGAAGAGUGUUCCACUUCAAUUGGGCCAUCACAAGAGAUACAAUAGGAAAUCUCAACAGAAACCCGUCAGCAAGGCAGUACACAAGAAGGCGGCAUCACAGAGCAGUAUAGUGACAUUGCCACAGAACGUGCAAAACCGUCGCUCAUUUGCCGAAUCGGUUCUUUCGACCAGUACUAUCGACGAAGAUAUCUCAGACAACCUGGUCACCACGAUUUCAGAGUCGGGAAAUAAGAAGAAAAAGCGACUGAAAGAUAAAUUGCGUAAUCCUUUGACUAAACUCUUCCAGAAGAGCGACGCGUCUCGCCUUCACGAUGACUCGGACAGCUCCAGUGGACAAAUCACCUUGGAGAGCGACCAUGAUGAAAACUCAAAGUCGCUAGACACCUCGUCACUGCUCAUUAUGCCCGCUGACGAAACAAGGAGACUUAACAACUUGAAGUUGCAAGAUGGAGAGCUGGUUGUUGUAGCUGAAAUGGAAACGGGGCAUGCUCCUACCAAAAAAGAACGUGAUUAUCGCCUCGACGAUUCAUUUGGUGGAGCCUCUGACGGCGAUAACACCGUUGACGAUGAUGUACUUGAAGAUGAACUCGAAGAGUCCUCUUCAGAUUCGGCAUUCACUGACAUUGAGGCCGAUUCCAUGAUAGAUGUUGACUCCAUCGAGUACACCGUUCCAGAGAGUUACGUUUUGGAAGAGGCACAGUCCAAGUAUAACAGCAAAAAGAAGGGAAGGAAAAUUAAGCAAAGUAGUGCCUCGUUGCUCGAAAAAUCAGGUAAACCUCUCAACGCUGACAGCUUACUAGCGGAUCUGGGAGUAGAUGCCUAUUCUAAAAGCUCUUCUACCAGGUUGGAUAAGAGCUUGCAACUCCUUCCUAGACGGAGCUCAUUCACUUUCGAAAAGAUAUACAAUACAUUGGAUGCCGAGCCCAAACUGUCAAACUUGAGCAAGUUGAUAGACUCGCGCCUUCAAUCCACUGUCAAUGCUCUCAACUACUAUUCAUUUGUCAACUCAGACAUCGUUGAUGGCGCUGUCAGAGCCAAGAUCGACAUAUUUCUUCCACCAGAAACGACGCCAGUCUUCAAAGACAUGGAAUUCAGUGCUAAUGUGGCCAUAACAGAUUGUAUCGGUUAUAUUCUUCUAUCACUUUCGAAGCUUCCUGAGUACAAAGAGAAGCUUGAUGUUGCAUUCAUGAAUCCUAACAACUGGCGCCUUGAGCUUAUCGAUGAGGAUGGUGAGCUCUAUGACUCCAGUUUUGGUGUCCUCGAUAGAUCGCGUCUUUUGGCCUCUUACAACUGUCCCAACUUGUUGGCCUUGUGUAGAGUGACAAAUCCGGCUGAGAUAGCUAGCAAUAACAAGCAGUCGCCUCUUCCACUUGAGUUCAAGCAGAAUCUUGAGCAGAAUCAGCGCAAAGCUGAGCAUUCGAAGAACCCUUCCAAGGAUAUGGAAUUAUCUCCGGGUGCCGAAAAUCUACAUGAUAAUAGCAUUGAGGUCAAGGUCACUAACCUUCCGGGCACUACAGGAAAUACAUUUGUGAGUUUCUUUGUGAAUUCUAAGAUGACAAUAGAACAAUUUAUUGAUCACAUAAGUCAUUUAUACCAUGUCGAUCCUACAAAGUACAAACUUGCUGAGCUUGCUCCUACGAACAAAAGAGAAAAGUCAACGAUGUUGAUCGACGACUCCGAUAAAGAUGAAUGGCAAAACCCUGCUAACAACUCGGAUGCUCUUGGAGACUUGGCCUCUCAGAAGUUCAAAUUAGUUCCGAACUACUCGAGAAUUGUCAGACCAAUCUCAGAAGCUAAAGCGAACGCAUUGUCAAUCUCGGAAGCAGCGAUCACACCUUCGUCUUCUGCUUUUACCCCACUGGGAAUUACACCCCCGGUUACUUCCCUUGAAGGAAAAUUUCAGGAGAUGACAAAUGACUCGAAAGAAAAACCGCAGCCUACAGAGGCUAAACCACAAAAUCAUGGUAAAGAUGUGGCCCUACUGCGUAAGUCAAGUAAAGAUCUUCUCAGUUUUGGAGAUGUUAUUCACGCUAAGAAUUCGCAAUUGCCCACAAGUUUGAACACCAUUUACUUCAAGUGGAAAGUCUUUCGAAAGAAGUCGCCUAUUCUCAACCGGAUUGAGAAGGCGCUUAUUUUAGAUGGAGACUACAUUCAUUUGGCACCUACUGAUGAUACCAACUGGAAAAAGAAUCCCUACGAUAAUCCUUUCACGCAGAAUAGCACUACCAACAGCAGUACUACUGGUAAUGCCAAUUCUCAUCAUCACCAUCACUACUUACAUCAUUACAAUUACUCCAAGUACUACAAUGAUACUAUGAUGAAAACAAGUUCCUUCCACAUUACGCAGAUUAUCAAACUCAAACAGUACAAGCAGAGUAAGAAUCCGAAUCACUUCAAGAUUGUCAUCAAAAAGGAGUACGAUCAAGGAGGAAAGGAGACUGUGGUAAAGAAAAAGUAUGAUCUUGAGGCACAGGAUGUUGCACAAUGUGAGGAAAUCAUUGAAAAAAUCAAAUGGGCAUUGCAAGUUUACAAUAUGUCCAAUAUCAGUUGA